AUGAGUUUGCAGGCGGAAGUUUGCUUGUGGACCCUGCUCGGUCUGGUGCGAACAAUCUUCGACGCCACGCUGUUCAAAGUGAACGCUAAUUUAAAACAGCGUGUGCUGAGGACAAUGAUCUCUGGAGUGAUGCUGGUGCAGUGCUUCACGCUCUACGUAUACUUAGCAUUCUACAUCGUGCUGUUGUAUCCAGUGUUUCUGGAAGAACGUCCUACGCUAGUGCUGCCGUGGCUGCUGUUAGCAGCAAUAAGAAAACUUCUAUGUGAACUAACUAGCCUGGCUUUGGGUCUCGGCACCUGCGUACUGCUGGGGCCCGGUAGACCAGCAUGCGCCAGGUUUCUCAUAACGAAGGUCUUCACCAUAGCACCGGCCUUUUAUGUGUGGCUUCUGGUUUUCAGCUACUACCACACUUUGAAGAUGACAACUGCCUUCAAAACGUUUCCAGCGGUAAUGCCCCCGGCAGACCGGGACUUUGGUCUCGAAUUGGCUGUACGUAGGCGCCGUACCAAAUCUCUCUUCGGUGAAGAACAGUUGCGACGGAAGAUUAAAGCGGGGCUAUACGCUGAAAGAACCUUGAUGACCACAGCGCAACCCCAAACACAUCUCAAAUUCAAUGAAAUGAUUCGCGCGGUCCCAUCGAAUGAAAGCGACAAUAGUAAAAACCAGGAGACUGGAGUAUUCAAGGAAGAGGAACUUCUUAUU